CCCUGCGGCCGCCUCGUAGGCAGCGGGGCGUUCCGAGUGCCCCGCGCCGCAUCGCUAUGGCUGCCCGUGGCGGCGUCGCCACCGCCGGCGAGGGCCUUCGCUACGCUGAGUACUCGCCGCCCCCGACCAAGCGGUCGGACGCCGACAUUGACCGGAGACUGGCAAGAGGUUUGAUAGCUGUGGGACUGGGUAUUGCAGCUCUUGGAUUUGCAGGUCGCUACACAUUUCAAAUCUGGAAACCUCUAGGACAAGUAAUCACAGAAACAGCAAAGAAGAUUUCAACUGCUAGUUUUUCAUCCUACUAUAAAGGAGGAUUUGAACAAAAAAUGAGUAGGCGAGAAGCGAGUCUUAUUUUAGGUGUAAGCCCAUCUGCCGGCAAGGCCAAGAUUAGAGCAGCUCACAGGAGAAUCAUGAUUUUGAAUCACCCAGAUAAAGGUGGAUCUCCUUACUUAGCAACCAAAAUUAAUGAAGCAAAAGACUUGCUAGAAGCAGCCACCAAACAUUGAUUGAUGCUCAAGGACCACUCUGAAGGAGAAAAAGGGGGACCUUAUAAAAAAUGUCCUGCAAGUUAAUCUAAAUCAUGACCUUCAUAAUUUUCAUACAUGUAGUGACCACAAUCAUUUCUUCCACUACUAAGCUGUAUAAUAAUAAAAGAUGAACAAUC